UCUGGCAAGGGAUCUGUUUACUAUUUGAGUCUGUGCUGUUUUUGUUUAUUUCUUAUAUAGUUUUUGAAAACUAUUCCUUUUCCAGGUGGAUUUAAUUCAAAAUAUUGUAUAGUUUAUGUUCACUUUUCCUUCCUGUUAAACGUUAAAAUGAGGAGGUCUUGUGCACCUUCAAUGCUUAAAGAGCGAGAAAUCGAAAAACGUAGAAAAAUUGAUAAACUAUUUGAAAAAGAAGGGGACUCAGAUGAUAAAGUAAGUUCGACCACUCUGAAUGAGCAAAGUUGGGGCACAUCGAGGAACAGAAGCACUCAAUUCGAAGAGCAAACAGCUAAAGAAAAUAAUGAUACUUUUAAUUCAAAAAUUAUUUUCAAUGCGGUCUGGCGCGAAAUGACGAAAAAGAAGCAUAAGACAUGGGAUGGAGAUGGCUUACUAGAAGUGCAACUGAACCCACCACGGGCUGUCCUUAAGGAUAGCACCGGGAGGUAUAUGGGUACUAAUGCAAAGUUUGAAAUUAAUAAUUUGGAAGAAGGAUAUCAAAUGGUUGUAGGAGGCAAAGAGAUUGAAUUACUGGAACAAAUAACUGAUGGUAACCAAUAUUUUGCUAUAAGAAAACAGUAUGCAGAGAAUCGUUGGAAUUCUGAGGAGAAAGUACAAAGUAAGGAAGCAAGCAAAAAGGGUAAGAUAACUACACUUUUCCAAACCCCAUAUAACCUGAAGCAUGAAAAAUUGGAAGAUCGAAACAAUGAAACAAAAAACGUUCAGGAAAAUAAGUUGACGGAAAAAUUAUCAUUUAAUGUCGUUUGGCGCGAAAAAACCACUAAGAAAAAUAAGACCUGGAAUGGAGAUGGAGUAUUUGAUGUUAAUUCUGACGUUAAGAGAGGUGUACUUAAAGAUGAAAAAGGACAGGAGUUGGGUAUAGAGGAAAACGUUAACUUGUCUGAUUUGGUGAUUGGAUCCAUAUUGUUAAUAGGGGAUAAGGAAAUUGAGAUAUUAGAAGUGGUGACCAGCAAUCAACCCCAAAUAUUAAUUGAAGAGAAACCAAAAAUAUUUACAAGCCGUGAAAAUAUGCGAAUCACAAAGACAGACGGUUUCAUUUUGCCGUGUCCUCCUGAAAAUUAUAUUGGUAUAUUAAAUCCUACAAAUCUACCCAUACUUGCAGUGGAGGUCUCAUAUAGACUUGCCCAACUUUUACGCCCACAUCAGAAAGAUGGCGUGUCAUUCCUUUAUGAAUGCGUCAUGGGUUUUCAGAAUCCAAAAUAUAGAGGCUGCAUUCUUGCUGAUGAAAUGGGUUUGGGAAAAACUCUGCAAUGCCUCACUCUAGCACAUACAUUAUUGAAAGGAGGACCCUAUGGUGGUGAAAGAGUAUUACAUAGAGUUCUUAUUGCUGCUCCUAGUAGUCUUACCCGAAAUUGGGAAAAUGAAGUAAAUAAAUGGUUAAAAUGCGAGCGUAUGUAUGCUUUUGUAGUAGGAGGGAAGCAUAAGUUGGGCUCCUAUUUCAAGCAGCAACAUGUUCCGUUUGUAAUUGCUUCUUAUGAAUUUCUGCUUUCAAAUGUAGCUGAAUUCCAAUGCUUAAAAUUCGACAUGCUAAUUUGUGAUGAAGGUCACAGAUUGAAAAACGAAUCAACUAAAAUAGUAGCUGCCCUCCGCGAGCUGAACAUUCCACGUCGAGUAAUAAUCACUGGAACACCAGUGCAAAACGAUUUGCGUGAAUUCUACUCCCUAAUAGAAUUCGUAAAUCCCGGCAUAUUGGGCAAUUAUGAAGAAUUUCAUUCACAUUUCGAGAUUCCUUUGCAACAGAGCCAAUGCCCCGAAGCUUCUACGGAAGUAAAGAAUUUAGCAGCUGAACGCAGCAAAGAACUUAAGCAGAUCUCUGAGACAUUUAUGCUUCGACGAUUACAGAACGUGAAUGGGCAAUACUUGCCGAAAAAGUAUGAGUAUAUUUGUUUCGUUCAACCAUCGGAGCUUCAACAGUUUUUGUUGCAAAAAGCUCUUCAUCUCUACACACAACGAAAGGAAACAAUUUUAAAAGACUUAACGCCAUUACAAAUAAUUACUGUACUGAAAAAGAUUUGCAACCAUCCUUCCUUGGUGGCACGUACAAAAACACCGAAUCUACUGACACGCACUUUAGAACGCUGUUUGCCAGAUUGUACGGAAAUGGGACCCUUUGAUUCGGCGAAAUUAGAGUUGGUGCAACAUUUCCUUAUUUCUUCAGCAAUACAAAGUGGAGAAAAAUGUGUCCUGGUUUCAAAUCAUACCAAAACGCUUAACAUGCUACAAGGUUUAUGUGAUUUUCUGAAUAUAAAAUGCCUACGGCUAGAUGGAUCCACCAGUGUAGGAGAAAGAAAUGAUAAUGUCGAAAAGUUCAACAGUGAUUCAGAUGACUCUCUAGUGUUUUUACUUAGCGCAAAAGCUGGUGGCGUUGGUCUCAAUUUGAUAGGAGCAUCAAGAUUGGUGCUUUUCGAUAAUGACUGGAAUCCCGCUAUUGAUGCGCAAGCAAUAUCACGUAUUUGGCGUGAUGGUCAGACCAGGGAUGUGCACAUCUAUCGACUGGUAACUGCAGGUUGCAUUGAGGAGAAAAUAUUUCAACGGCAGACGGCAAAGUUAUCAUUGGGAGAUUGUGUAAUACAAAAUGCUGUAGAGAAUAAUGAAAAUAUCAUGAAGUUUACAGCUGAGGAUCUUUCGAAUUUAUUCUGUUUACAAGAGGACUAUUCUUUUUGUCAAACUCACGAAAACUUAAAUUGCAAUUGCAAUGGUGAUGGAGAGAACUUGACAUUGGAAACAAAAACAAACAAUCAUAACAUAAAUGCAUUGACAAAUUGGAAACAUUACAAGUCACCUUUCGACACAAAUUUCUUGGAGGCUGCUUGCCUGGAAAAUGCAGGCGACAAUCUUAUGUUCAUAUUUGGCACUCAGACUGAAUAGGUUUAUAUUGUAAAUAUUUAAUUUAAUUUUAAUAUUGUAUUAUUUUAUAAUGAAUAUUAAGUUCGACAUUAAUU